CGGAACAAGGACCAUCCGACUCUUUCACCCCAUGUACGGAAGACAAGAUACACCCUCGACUACAAAAAAAUCCCCUACAAAGUCUCCUGGGUAAACUUCUUCACAAUGGAGGAGACCGCAAAACGAAUUGGUGCUCCUCCUACUGGAGUCAGAGCGGACGGUAGUCCCAAAUACACCGUUCCGUUCAUUCAUGAUGACACUACCGGCGCCGUCAUCUCUGAAUCCCUCCUCAUCGCGGAAUACCUCGACAAAACGUAUCCCAAUACGCCCCGUCUCGUUCCUGAUGGUACUCGAGCGCUACAGGCUGUAUUUGCGGACACGGUAGGGGCAAAGGUUUUAACAUGGAUGGGCGUUAUGAGACCCAAACUGGAUGACAUUACCACGCCUGAAUUCCGCAAGGGUAUCGUAAAAGCUUACGGACCUCCAUUGGACCUAUCUCCAGAGCAGAUCCAAGCUGGAUGGGAAGCUGGAAAGGCGGGGUUGAAUGAUAUCCAAAAAUGGUAUGCGGACCAUGGAGGAUUGUUUUUAGCUGGAGACAAGCCGCUGUAUGCGGACUUCACCCUUGUGACAUGGUUCUAUACAGCAAGGUUUCUGCUGGGGAGUGAGGAUGAAAGGUGGAAGGAGCUAGCGACUCUCAAUAAUGGUCGAUGGAAGAAAAUGUUGGAAGCGGCGGAUAAUUAUCAUUCAGCGGAGGUUUUUUAGUAGCCCAACCCGAGGAAGCCGAAGGACGAA